CAUUAUGGCGGAAACUGCGGAAAAGGAGCCCAUGACUGAUGAAGAAACUACAGAUGAGUCUGAGGCAGUGUCUCUGGGCCCAAUCUCCCAAGGUCAUUUCCACAUACCAUUACAGGAAGAUGUCAGUGAAGAAGAGCCCAAACUGAAGUAUGAAAGGCUUUCUAAUGGGGUUGGAGAAAUUAUUCAAAAGGAUAUAGCCAGUUGCAUGACAGUCCAUGAGAAAUUUUUGGCACUUGGAACACAUUAUGGCAAAGUUUAUUUGUUAGAUGUCCAGGGGAACAUCACACAAAAGUUUGACAUUAGUCCGGUCAAGAUCAAUCAGAUUAGCCUUGAUGAAAGUGGAGAGCACAUGGGUGUGUGUUCUGAAGAUGGCAAGGUGCAGGUAUUUGGAUUGUACACAGGGGAAGAAUUCCAUGAAACAUUUGAUUGCCCAAUUAAAAUUGUUGCUGUUCACCCUCAGUUUGUGAGAUCACAUUGUAAACAGUUUGUAACAGGAGGAAACAAAUUACUGUUAUUUGAAAAGAAUUGGAUGAAUAGAUGGAAGCAUUCUAUUUUACAUGAAGGAGAGGGACCUAUAAGAAAUGUGAAAUGGAGAGGAAACCUGAUUGCUUGGGCCAACAAUAUGGGCGUGAAGAUAUUCGACGUGAUUGCUAAGCAAAGAAUCACCAACGUGCCCCGAGACGAUAUAAGCCUUCGUCCUGAUAUGUAUCCCUGCAGCCUUUGCUGGAAAGAUAAUUUAACACUGAUUAUUGGCUGGGGAAAUUCAGUAAAGAUAUGCUCAGUGAAAGAACGGCAUGCCAGUGAAAUGCGGGAUCUACCUAGUCGUUAUGUGGAAAUAGUGUCCCAGUUCAACACUGAAUUUUUUAUCAGUGGGAUUGCACCACUCUGUGACCAGCUUGUCGUACUUUCAUUUGUAAAGGAGAUUUCAGAGAAAAUGGAAAGAGAAUGUUGUGCCCGACCAAGGCUUGAUAUAAUUCAGCCAUUUCCUGAAUCUUGUGAAGAAAUAUCUUCUGAUGCGCUCACAGUAAGAUGCUUCCAAGAAAAUGAAUGCCGGGAUUAUUGUUUAGAAUAUUCAGAAGGUGAAUCGCUUUUUUAUAUCGUCAGCCCAAGCGAUGUGGUAGUGGCCAAAGAACGAGAUCAAGAUGAUCACAUUGAAUGGCUCUUGGAAAAAAAGAAAUAUGAAGAAGCUUUGAUGGCAGCUGAGAUCAGUCAGAAGACUAUUAAAAAGCACAAGAUUCAGGAUAUAGGUUUAGCAUACAUAAACCAUCUAUUAGAAAUUGGAGAUUAUGACCUGGCAGCAAGAAAAUGCCAAAAGAUACUUGGCAAGAACACCAAUUUAUGGGAAUGUGAAGUAUAUAGAUUUAAAGAAAUCGGGCAACUUAAGGCAAUUAGCCACUAUUUGCCAAGACAGGAUUCUAUCCUGAAACCUUUCAUUUAUGAAAUGGUUCUGCAUGAAUUUCUGGAGAGCGAUUAUGAGGGUUUUGCAACCUUAAUUAAGGAAUGGCCUGGGAAUCUGUACAACAAUCCAGUCAUUGUCCAUGCUGUAUUGGACCAUCUGAAGAAAGAUCCACAGAACAGGACGUUGCUGAAAACUCUAGCAGAGUUGUACACCUAUGACCAGCGCUACAGAAAGGCUCUUGAAAUUUACCUCACACUGAGACAUAAAGAUGUUUUCCAGCUGAUCCACAAACACAAUCUUUUCAGUUCCAUCAGGGACAAAAUUGUUCUACUAAUGGAGUUUGAUUCAGAGAAAGCCGUUGACAUGCUUUUGGAUAAUGAAGAUAAAAUCUCUAUUGAUAAAGUUGUGGAAGAAUUAAAAGAUAGGCCUGAACUGCAGCAUGUGUAUUUGCAUAAACUGUUCAAGAGAGAUCAUCAUAAAGGACAAAAGUAUCAUGAGAAACAAAUCAGUCUGUAUGCUGAAUAUGACCGGCCAAAUUUACUCCCUUUUCUGAGAAACAGCACCCAUUGCCCUUUGGAAAAGGCUCUUGAAAUAUGUCAGCAAAGGUUCUUUGUGGAAGAGACUGUUUAUCUUUUGAGUCGAAUGGGCAAUAGUCGAAGCGCCCUGAAAAUGAUAAUGGAAGACCUAAAUGAUGUAGAUAAAGCUAUUGAAUUUGCUAAGGAGCAAGAUGAUGCCGAACUUUGGGAAGACCUUAUUUUGUAUUCCAUUGACAAACCCCCUUUUAUUACAGGCUUGUUAAAUAAUAUUGGGACUCAUGUUGACCCUAUUCUCCUGAUUCACCGUAUUAAGGAAGGCAUGGAAAUUCCAAACCUGAGAGAUUCAUUAGUAAAGAUUCUCCAGGAUUACAAUCUACAGAUUUUGCUUCGAGAAGGGUGCAAGAAGAUUCUUGUGGCUGACUCUCUCUCAUUGUUGAAAAAGAUGCACCGAACACAAAUGCGGGGGGUACUUGUGGAUGAGGAAAAUAUCUGUGAAAUAUGCCUUUCCCCUAUACUGCCUACAGAUGCAUCUAAAUCUUUCAGUGUAACAGUAUUUCAUUGCAGGCAUAUGUUCCACAAAGAAUGUUUUCCUGAACCUAGCACAGAAACUUCAUUACACUUCUGUAACAUCUGCAGUGCUAAACAUCGUGGACCAGGCAGUGCCAUCCUGGAGAUGAAAAAAUAACCUCCUCUGCCAUAUCAAAAGCAUCUGUAUGUGUAUGUGACUACUUUCAUGUGGGACAACAGAACAAUUAUAUUAUAUUUAAGGAUAUGAUAAGAAGACCACCUUUAAUCCUGCAUCUCACUGAUGUUUCCUAUACAAAUUCGAAGUCCUAAGAGCAAAUCCAAACUACUGUUGCACAGUUCAAAUAUGGUCACCUGUAUGCUUGGCUAAACCUAUAUUAUAUAAUGUAAAAUAAAUCGCAGUGGGAAAACUCAUAGUGUUGAUAUAAUAUGACUACAAAUGAAAUCAUGCUAUGCAGAAUACAGUUUGAUUCUAUAGUUAUGAACAGGUACAAACAUUAGCUAUCUCAUUUAGUGCCCACAUUCAACUUUACUCUCCAUUUAGAUCCUACUCAUCUUUUCUUCUGAGAAUUCAAAACAGUUUCUGAUGGUAACAAGACAGUCAGUGUUAAUAAUAUAUAAAAUACCUGCUGAUAUUAGGUGCAGGCAGGUGCCUCUAAGAAGCUUAAAGCCAUGACUCAGGUUCCAGCUUUCAUCUUUUGUCACUUGAAAUAAUCUAAUCUUCAGAAUUAUAUGUUAUAUUUAGAGUGUUAGGCAAAUUUAUUGUGCUGAUGCACAGAUUUGGAAUCCUGUGGGAAUUCACAAAACUGAUUCAGGAAAUGGCCUGUGUAUUUGCUCUGUUCCAGCCUAUCUAGUAUACUCCCACCAUUAACCCAGCUUAACUUGCUCUGUUUUUUCCUGGGCUGCAGACACACUUUGAAGCAAAGCACUGGGCACAACCCAUAAUCAUUUUUUCUAAAAAUGCCUGCAGAGUCCAAAAGCAUUUCCAUAAAUACAAAUUAUGCUAGUGGCUGGCAUUGGCCUCAUGCUACAUUCCCAUUUAGUUUUAAUUUUAAACAUUUAAAGAAAAGUAAGAUCAGAUGGAGAGAGCGGGCUUAUGGAAUCACCAAGGGUCGGAUAUGACUGAAUGGAUAAUUAGAAAAAAAAUCGAAGAUCAGAUGGCACAGAGUCUAGUAGGCUCCAAAGGAGCUUUGAGGACUCAUUGAAGCCCUUAAGCACCAGGUCUACCUGAGAUAAGUUAGGUUUCUUCAACCUGGGUUCCUUCAGAUGUUUUGAGCUACAACUCCUAGAAUCACUGACCAUUGAAAGUAUGAGAUGAUAGAAGUUACAAUCUAAACUUCUUGAAGGACCUCUACAGGUCAAGGCUGAUCAAAAGUUCUACUGAUUAGCCAUGAUAGUUACCUUUCAUGAAUUUUUCAAAGUGAGAAUGCUAAGUAGCUCCCAAGAAUGUGCAUCUCCUCACCAGUGACUUUGAACAGGCCAAACAAAUCAGUAAUUUAUGGAACAAUGCAGUAGGAAUGAGGAUAUAUUUCCAAAUAGUCGGUAUUUACAAGUUUCCUUUCUGUGUCAAGAAGCCCUACAUGAUACGUAAUUAUCAGUCAAUGGCCCACUGACAUUGUUUGUCUCUGAAUUGCAGUCAAUAUGAACCAGAGUAUUGGAGGGGGAGGACCACAAAUAAAGAACAGCUGCUGAUCCUAUGGGUACAGAACAUUAAAAAAGUAACAAUAGACAUUGACAAAGUAAUAGCAGAAAUGGAUACCAGUUGUUAAAUGAUGUCCAUGUAUUAGCUUGUUCAGUUUUCAAUAAAGGUAUGCUUUGAAAAGAA